AUGACGACAAAGGCACUCCAUCUUCGAUGUACAUCCAAGACUGGCCAGCAUGCACUAACAGGUCUCACCUUGUCAUCCAGCGUAGGUGAAAUGAUAACCAAGAUAUCAGAACUUACCAAAAUCAAAAGAGACUGGAUCAAGAUAAGGACAGGAUAUCCUCCUAAAGUUGUUGAAUUAAGUGAUGAAAACAAAUUAUUGACCUGUCUACCCUUCAGGUCAGGUGAUACUAUCAUUGUAGAAGAGGAUCAAAGUCUUGAAUUUGAAAAUAAGCAGAAACGAAUUGACAAUGUUCUCCAGUCACAAAGCCUACAAAGGCAAGGCAUGUUGAUGAGGAAGGUUGUGCCAGCUAACAAUUCCUGUCUGUUUACCAGUAUUUACUCAUUAAUGAAUGAUGGAGAGCUGGAUUUAUCCUGUUCACCAAUGAUGAGAGAGUUGAUAGCAGGUGUAGUUCUUAGUGAUCCUGAAACAUUUAAUGAAGCAUUUCUCGGCAGGUCUAAUUCAAACUAUUGCAAAUGGAUCAUGGAUAAGGAGUCCUGGGGUGGAGGUAUAGAGAUUGCUAUCCUGUCUAAAUACUAUGGUGUAGAAAUAGAUGUUGUAGAUACUCAGAGUGGUAGAAUCGAUCGAUUCGGUGAAGAUCAGAAUUAUCCAGAAAGAAUUCUUGUUAUCUAUGAUGGGAUUCAUUAUGAUCCGCUUGUUCUCGAACCGUUAAUUCCAGGAGAAACUGUAACAACCAUCUUCUCCACAAAGGAUGCUUCAAUCCUAGCUCAGGCCAUGGAAAUAGCAGAUGAAGCCAAAGCGUCGCGUCAAUUCACAGAUGUUUCAUCAUUCACACUGAAAUGUUUGAUAUGUCAGAAGCAGCUUACAGGUCAGGCUGAUGCUCAACUACAUGCUAAGACUACUGGACACAUAAAUUUUGGAGAAGUUUAAUUCUUAAACUAGUUGAACAUAUUUUUUCAAAUCUGACGAAUUAUUAUGAUGAUAUUCAGAAUAUCAGAUUAAUUCUUUCUCCAAUAUGUCAAGAUAAAUCAAAAACAAUAUUACCUGAAAUCUGAUUUCAUGAGUUUAUGAUAUUGUUCAU